ACGAGUGUUUGGGUUUUAGGCAUCUUCGGUUUCUCAGCUUACAGCGAGGGAUUUGAGGGUCAAGCGCUGCUUCUUCCAGGUCUGAUUUGUUCUGCUCUGAUUCUGCGAACAAUGGCGGCCAUUGCUCCCCCAAUUCCCGGUACUGUGACUGAAGCUACACCCAACAAGGAGGUGGAAGAGAAAGUGGAUUACUUGAACCUUCCAUGCCCAAUUCCCUACGAGGAAAUCCACCGUGAAGCUCUCAUGUCAUUGAAACCCGAACUUUUUGAGGGAAUGCGCUUUGAUUUCACCAAGGGGCUCAAUCAGAAAUUCGCCCUCAGUCACAGUGUGUUUAUGGGACCUACUGAGAUUCCUUCUCAGUCCACGGAGACCAUUAAAAUCCCUACUGCUCACUAUGAAUUUGGUGCAAACUUCCUCGAUCCUAAGCUGAUGCUCUUUGGAAGACUGCUUACGGAUGGGAGGCUAAACGCGAGAGUAAAGUGUGAUUUGACGGAAAAUCUCACAUUGAAGGCAAAUGCUCAGCUUACGAAUGAGCCACAUAUGUCUCAUGGAAUGUUCAACUUCGAUUAUAAGGGUACAGACUAUCGGACGCAAUUGCAACUUGGGAAUGGAGCUCUGUUUGGAGCCAGUUAUAUUCAGAGUGUUACGCCCCAUUUAUCUUUGGGUGGGGAAGUGUUUUGGGCUGGUCAGCAUCGGAAGUCUGGUAUUGGUUAUGCUGCUCGCUACAACACUGAUAAAAUGGUUGCAACAGGGCAAGUUGCUAGUACUGGUUUGGUUGCUUUAAGCUAUGUUCAGAAGGUAUCUCAGAAGGUUUCUCUUGCAUCUGACUUCAUGUAUAACCACAUGUCAAGAGAUGUCACUGCCAGCUUUGGUUAUGAUUACAUCCUGAGACAGUGCCGGCUAAGAGGAAAGAUUGAUUCCAAUGGCUGUGUCUCUGCAUUUUUGGAGGAGCGUUUAAAUAUGGGUCUGAAUUUUAUUCUUUCUGCAGAGCUUGAUCACAAGAAAAAAGACUACAAAUUUGGAUUUGGUUUGACAGUUGGAGAAUAGGUAUUUGAAGCUCUGUUUCUUCUCUUCAAUGCUGCAUCCACCUUAGCGCUCUCUGUUACUUCGUCAUCCCUGUAGAUUUUCUGUUCUUAUAAAAACAAGGCAAAAGGAGGAAAAGUCUUGGAACAUUACUCGCUAUCGGCAAGUUUCUGUUGAAAUUUGUAAGUCAUUAUUUUUUGUGUGGACCCAGGGCCAGAAAGAAAUAUGUCCAUUUGGGACUCUGGCCUUUCAUUCCCUUUAAGGGGCUGUAGAGAUAUCAGAAUAAUCGAUAUUGAGAUUCAUUUCAAAUUCUAUACAAGCGUGGAAUCACUGUGUGAUGAAUGCCGUUUACAGAUCAGGUU